GGCAGCUAUUUUCUACCUGUACACUAAUUAAUUUUUCUUGUUUGCUUUUUUUUUACACGACAGUCGUCAUUCCCUUAUCACAUGCACAAACACGCUCCGAUAGUCCAAGUCAACAAAGCGGCUCUCAUCGUGUUGCAUUUAUGAUGUACAAACAUUAUUAAAGCCCGCUGUACGCUUGGAUUAUUGGACCUGAAGAACAAUUACAUCCAUAUUAGUCUUUGUGCAAACACACACACACCUGCAAUAGGGAAUACACGGUACAGAUUGUGACCACACACACACACAUACACACACACGAGCAGAGCAGUGAGAGAGUAUAAAAGCGCCAUCCUUCCCACUCAGCGGAGAAGUGCUCCCCUAACGCUGACACACUCCCUUCAACAAAGAAAACAUCCUUUCUGAAGAUGCCUGCAGGGUUGAAUGUGUUUGUGGUUCUGGCGGUCGUGUGCGCGAGCUCUUUGGGGCUCCCCUCACAUCUCGGGGACGAGGACCAACGUUCCCCCUCGAAAGAAGCCCACCUUGAAGCCGACGCCCACUUUUUGGGGGAGCCCCAUCUCCGACACAGCCGCUCCAUUCCCCAACUCAAAGGGUCACAAGAGGAUGGCGAGUCGCGGGCCAAUCUCGGCGAGCUGCUGGCCAGACUCAUCUCCUCCAAGAAAGCAAGUUCCGUGCGUCGGAACUCGUCGGCCAACAGCAGAGGCGCCGGCCCGAGCGCCACCAACCACCGGAUAGCGGACAGGGACUACAUGGGCUGGAUGGAUUUCGGACGGCGCAGCGCAGAGGAGUACGAGUACUCCUCGUAGAGUACGAGUACUCUUCCAUCGAUUGUCCUUUCACACACAAUACGAGUCGUACAUUUGUUUGUACUGUUAAAUGCAAUACACAUAUGCCAAACUUUUGCCUCUCUGUCACCCAUUUGUUUGUUUAUUGUAUUAAAAGGGGGAAAAAUAUGCUGUCAGGGUACAUUGAGACUUACUAGACUGAAUAAACAUAA